UUUAGUUUGGAUGUUGUGUCAAAUAACUUCGCUUCUCGUCGCUCGGUUUUAUAAUUUUUAUUCAAUUUUUCUAACAAUCAAAUGUAAUUUUUGAUAUAUUUUCACCAACUAUAAUUUAAACGAUAAUCAAGUGCGUGCGCGUAUGUCUCAUUCUCUCGCUACGAACGUUCUUUAAAUUUCGGUGUAUUUAAUUUGAAAGAACAUAUUUAUUAGAAAUACUAUUAGAAAGAAAGCAAAUUGUGCAGUAACAAAUGUGCGUGAGCAAAAGGUAAUCGCAAGUGUGCGUUGUAGAGGCAAAUAUUGACAGCUGUCACCUGUCGCGAAGUCGUGGCAGUUAUCGAUGCCACAGCUGCCAGUUAGCAGUGAAAUCGUAGUACUCACGGCGUCCAGCAUUUCUGCAAUUGUUGCAUAUUUUGCCGGCAAACGCUAGUAAUUAACGACCGGUCAGACCCCCUUGACUUGUAUACAUACAUACAAACAUACUCAAGUGUAGCGCAUACAAUAAAUAAUAAACAUCAGCUGGUCGCUGCGCUGCCAUUGCACUUUGUACGUAGUGCCGCGUUACCCUCCCCCUUUUCGGGCUGCAUAUGUAAUAUGUAAGUGUCGGUGUGUUCGUUUUGUGUCGACAAUUCGUUGUGCUUCACUUUGCGUUGCAGUUGUUGAAUUUAUUAUUUAUUACACAGCAAAAAAGUAAACUCAAAAGGGCAUAAAAAAAUUGAAAAAAAAAUCGAAAAAGCAAAAACGAAAAAACUACUUACAACGCGUACGCGAAUAAAUUCAUUACAAUUCAUCAAAAUCAAGUGAACAACAACGAAAAAAGUUAAUUAUCGUGCAUAUUCACCCUUUUGGAUUUCUGUGCUUGUUGGUGGCGAGACCCCAGGGCCUCAAGCCAAAGGCCGUCAGCUCAAGUAACGAGCUGCCAUUGUAUGCGCUUAUCAAGUCGCAAAUGAAGUGUGUAUAAAAUGGAAAUUAUGUAUUUGUGGGCAAAUGUGCUUAUGAAGUGCUGAAUUGUUGCAGAAAUUUGUGCUAAAUUGUGAAAGUGUUGAAUUGUGAACGAUAAGCGAGAAUUUAUUGCAAAGAAAAUAUUCUGCAAGUGGACAUAUUUAUAUAAAUAUUGCUGAAAUAAGCGAUAAAUGCAAAUAUGCUUAAGUGAUUAUAAAAUACAGAAAUAUUAUUCUAAUUAUAAUUAUACAAGUGCAUUUUAAGAAAUUAUUACGAAGGAAUGCAAGUUUUGCAGAAAAUUCAUUAAUAAGCACAUUUUAACUCACACCAUCGCUAUUUUUGAGAGGCACUCCAAACACCACAGCGCGUUGGCGAGCCUUUGGACUACUGCAACGAGACACGACGCGCCUGGCCGCUUGGAAAGCGCACAAAGGCACAAACAAGUGUUUUCAUGCGCGCGCGUAGCAAAGAAAGCCAAAGAAAUUCGAGUCACAGCCACAAAGUGUUGCGGACCGGGGUGCGCUGUGUAAGUAAAUAAAGACGCAGUCAAAAUAUAUCAAUUUUUUUCCGACAACUGCAAAAAAAAGUUUAUAAUAAUAUGCAAAUAAAUCGCAUGGAGCGCGCCUGCCGACCGCGUAGUCCAUGCAAAUAGAAGCCAGAAUUCUACCAAUUCACAUUUGGUUAUUGCUGAAUUUGAUACUGUAAGAUUGCCAGCGCGUGCGUGAGUGCGCGUGUACUCGUGAAAAUCGCCUCACUCUUCAACCGACGUCAAGCGCGCGGCGCGUUAAUCACGCGCAAACACAUGAAAUUCAACUAAAGUAAUUUGUACUUGAAAAUCGCGCAAGUGAAAUCCGUGAAAUUGAAUUCGUGCCUAUCAGCCGAAAGAUGCUGGAGCGGCGACGCGCGAAAAGCGUCCGCGAGUGUUGAUAAUGAAAACAGUUGAACUCACCGCCAACUACAACAGCGGCUGCGGCUGUUAAUAAGAAAAAUAAAUUUCAUGAAUCGCCUUGUGAUUAUGACUGGCCGCUGCAACAACAACAAAAACUCAAUGUUCUACUAGCGCUUAUUACAACGAAGAACAGCACAACAGCACAUUAGACGCGGCGGAAAUUUAGUAGCAAAGCAAUUUUUUCUUGUUUCUUUGGUGUUUUUAGCGGUUUUGCGCUCUCUAAUCGAUCGCGCGCGCACACAACGAAAAAUCGAAAAGCUAUAAAAACGAAAACCAAAAACAAGAAAGUAACGAAAUCAAAAUAAAAGGAAAAAAUUGAGAGAAUUGAAUUGGUAGCGGCGCAUAAUUGGCUAAAACGGCCGACUCGACCGGAAAAUCAAGCAGGCACUGAGGCGUACAGCAGCCCUAGCAGUACCAGCAGCGCUAGUAGCGUUAGCUCCAACACGAUGUUGGCCGGCAUAAGGAAGCGUCUGGCGCGCAAAACGCUAGAUAUAAAAGAAGAAGAUGACGAUAAAGACGACAUACAGGCAUUUUCUCCACCAACGAAUUACAUAACGAUAUCUCAAGGAAAAAUUCAGCUAGUACACCAACAACACUCGCAGGAAAGUGAUAUUUCCGAUGCGCAAAAUCGAAAAGAUCGGGAGGUACUGGAAAAUCGGAUUGUCGAACUAGAAGAAGCGCUUUCCCACUUACAGGAAAGAUUUAAUAAUAGUCAUUGUGUGUCGCCAACGUUCGAGAAAGAGUUGCGAGAGCAAUUGGAUAACAUGAAUCGUGUGAUAAAAUCGAAAGAACGGAAGCAAAAACAAACAUGUCCAGGACACAAAACACUGCAGACCCGGAUUACCCACCAAGAGACACUAUUACGUUCCAUGCAACAAGAGAAUUACACGCUCAAACGCAGCAUACGUCAUUACGAACGUUGUCUGGACGAUGUAAUGCGCAAGGUAGUGGAUGCCAUUGUUGCAGAGGAUAUUCUACGCGAAGAGGUCACCAUGCUUAAGAAUCGAGUACGCGAUUUGGAAGCACAAAAUGCAGCGCUCUCAGCAAGUCCGGCGAAGGGACGUGAUGAAGGAUAUUGUACGAUGAGCAGUGGACAACCGCAGCCGUCAAAUGGACAUCUGGAAGAUUUGCCAGAAGAGCCCGAACAGUGGCUACUGCCAGCAGAACCCUGCUCGACUGAAAUGGAAGACUGGAGCAUGUCGCAAGAGGAGUUGCCUGUAGUGACGCUGGACGACGGACAGCAACUUAUGCGCGGCGGACGUUUGUUAACCAAUUUGAGGAGACAAAAUAGCGAAAACGAGUGGAUGUGGAAUUCAAAUGAUUUCCUCACAUCGACUACAGCGGAAACGGACUCGGAGUCCGAGGCGAUAUCACAAUUGCUGCAACAAAAGAUUGUUUACUCCGAAGAUGAAGACAUUGCGCGCACCGAGUUCACCAACGAAUUUUACAAACUUGUCGACAUACGUUCGGCUUCGGCGCGCAGUCUCUUCUCCUACAUCGAGGGUGAAACAGACGAUGAGGACGACGACGACGAAGAGGACGAAACAUCUAGUUUGUCGAAGCGACGUGUACGGCUGCGCAGUAAAAUCGCAUUAAAUGCCAACCGACUGAAAACAACCAGUCCGACGCCAAGCGAAGCGGGACGCGCGCAAGUGACCAGCUGUUCGUCCAGCGAGUCGGACGAACAAUCGCGUUGUACAACAACGCAACACGAACUGAACGGCAGCACUAUCGAAGGCGGUCUCGAAGAGGAAAUGGACACACAAUUGUGUGGCAACGAAAGCAGUGAUAUCGAAAUCGAAGACUUGCAACUGGAAAACGAAGCGUUGCACAAGCUAAACGAACAAGAAUGCAUUGAGGCGAUUAUACGCACAGAACUGCGUCGGCCCAACAUCACCGGACCCACGCUACCGAUGGUCAAAUCCAAAUCGAUGUUGCACAAAACCGAAAACGAAUUGAACGGACUGCUGCGUAACGCGGCAAAUGUGAACGGCAACGACGCCAAGCCGCCGCGUGUAGUACGCAGCGAAAGCGUGAACGGCGCAAUCGUCGGCGGCAGCGGUAACGGUAGUGGUGGCGCGAGUCGCGGCGGCUCCGUAAGCGCGCACAAGUUGCAAGAACGUCUACAACAGCGACCGGCCAACUCGUGGCGCAAAAGCAGCGGCUGGAAGCGCAUACCAACAACACCGACUAGUUCGCCCACAGCGCCGUUGUCACCGAAAAAGGAAGCGAAAACGGAAAUUGUGCGCAACUGUGUGAAUGGCUUGCCGAAAAUACCGCCAACGCGUAUACCAACCAGCGUACAGCAGCAAUCACCGCCAUCGCCAAAGCAAAACCAAAACACGCCAAUGCAAUUUGGCGACACACAAACACAACAACAACAACAGCCAAUACGAAAAUCAAAAAUUCCUCCACCAGUUCCCGUGCGUCGUUCUUAUGCGAGCUAGCCAAGUGAGGUAGAGGGUAUAAAAUAAAGUAAUAAUAAUAACAAAAAAAAAACACAAUAAAAAUUCAAUUGAAUCCGUUAUAGUAUAACAUGCCGUUACGGUUGAAGCGAAAUCCACAAGUUAAUUAAUUUAAGCAAAAUUUAUAUAAAAAAGACUUAUAUGUGAUAUUUGAGCGAAGUAAAAGUACGCAAAAGUAGUGUUAAAAACAAAAACAAUAAAAACAAAUUGUUGUAUAAACACGUAGUAAUAACAAUGAAAUAACACCAAAAGUGAAACUAACUGCCUACUCUUAAAAAAACAACAAAAAGCUAUAACUAACAACAACAAAUAAUUACUUCAUAACAAAAUUUUGAACAAAAAAAAUGAAUGCUAAAUUUAAACAUUUUUUUCAACUAUAAUAAGGCAUUUAAACUCGAAAUUAAUAAGGUAUUUUGGUAUAAAACAAUCAAUGCUAAAUUCAAAAAAAAAAAAAAAAUUGUCAACUAUUAUAAGGCAUUUAAAGUUGAAAAUCAUACGCAAAUCGAGAAACGUAAAAAUACACUGCCUGCAAAUUGUCUGUACUACUACUUUAUAAAAAGCAUAUGUAGUAUAUCGUAGUUAUCACCACUUUUUAUAUAUGCAUUUACAUACAUACAUAUAUUUAUGUAUCUAAAAUAUUGAAAUUAAGACAAGUGGUUUCCACUAUUUUCACCACACUCCCUCGGUUAGUGGGGAGUGCUCACAUUUGGUUGCAGAAUAGCGAAAGCCAACGUAGUUGUGACACAUGCUUUCAACUCACACACAUACCUAUCAGUUAAUUCCGUUUUAAUGUACACUUUUUCCUCAGUACAGGAAUAAAUGAUGGUUUGUUGAGUGGCAGUUGACUCGUUGGUUAUUUUCGAAAUGAAAUUACUAUUUAAUGGGCAUUGUACAUAUAAAUAAAUAUAUAAUUUGAUAAUGCAUUUGGCAAAAGCUUUGCAUUUAUUAUCAAUUUGUUAUUAUAAAACAUUUUUAAGUGCAUAAAUACAUACAUAUAUAUAUUGAGUGUUAUGUGACAGAGUGUUGCCAGUAUUAUUGUGUACUGAAAUAUUUAAAAAGUAAUAAAGAUUUUUUUUAAUAAUAAUUUUUUAUAAUAAAUAUUUAGCAAAAUAACAAAAUAUAGGCAUAUUAAAAGUAUAACAAAAAUCACUUAAAGUAUUUGUAUGUGUAUAUACCAUAUAUUCUAAAAAUUCUUUUGUUAAAAUUUGCAAUUUUCUCGUUUAAUAACUUAUCAUUUUUGCGGCAAUUCGAUUAAUAAUUAUUAUUAUAGCUAUUAAUUAUUUCAUUUUUCAUUUUGAAAUAUAUAAAACAGCAUACAAAUAAUAUUUUUACAUACAGAAAAUUUUAAAAACUUGAUACCUUUGAAAACGUCUACAACUUUAAAAAAAAUUAGCUUAAUACAUUAAAAUAUAAAUAUUUUCAAGCAAAAAGCUAAAUACAAAAUUUCUAAAACUUAAAAAAUAAAUUUAUUAGUUUUCAAGUUUUUACUUCAUUAAUGAAAUAACAUAAUAUUUCAACAAAUAAAAAAAAAUUGAAAAAAUUUCUAAAAAUUUAAAAAACAAAUGUUAUCUUUCAAUUUUUAACUUCAUUAAUUAAAUAAAAAAUAUUUCAACAAAAGAAAAACAAAGAAAAAUGUAUUUAAAAAUAUUUUUUUUUUAUUAAUAAUUAAAUAUUUUUCUUAAUUUAAGUUAAUUAAAAAUAUAUAUACUCUUACUCCAUCCAUAACACUUUUUUUUCUAAUUCUAUGCUUAAAAAAAAUACAAUAAAAAGUUUGUAUCUAUUCAAAAUUACGAAAAAAACACAAAUAUCUGAUGGCAGCACUUUGGCAUGUAACAGUCAUUAUUUAUUGUAUGUAGUACACUAAAAUUUAACACUUAAAAUCAAAACAAGAAAUUUUGUAAAAAAUUAAUUUAACUAAGUGAAGCUAAUUAUAGUAAUCUGACUUUUUAGGGAUUCUGAAAUAAUUUAAAACAUUGAUGAGAGAAAUAUAAAUUUUCUUUUGUACAAAAUAAUUACUAUUUAUUUGCAUAAUUAAUUACAAAAUAAUAUUAUUGGUGAUUAAGAAAAAUUUAAACUGGGCACUUUGCUAUAAUUUUACAAAAUUAAAAAUUGCAAAAAUUUGUAAUUGUCUAAAGUAAAGAAUUUUUAAACGGAAUAUGUAUAUAUGUAUUUGCGAUUAUUUAUAUGAGAAAUGUAUAACAAAUAAUUGUAUUUGACUUUGUUGCAGAUCUAAUUUAUUUAUUAUUUUUUUUGUUUUUUAUUAAAUCAAGCAUUAUUUAAACAACUUAAGAAAAAAUAUAAUAUACAUUGUAUAUAUAAGCGUAUUCACAAUAAUUUGAACUGAUAUUAACGGCUUUAUAAAACAAUAUAUUUCCAUUAGUUUAUAGUAGUAAAGCCUUAACAAUGAAUUUUUUUUUGACAAAUGUCAAAAAUACUACUUUGUCAACAAAGGAACAGAGUGUGUAAAAGUAUGUAGCUGAACGAAUGACAAAAAAUCGUAUGUCACAUCAUGUAAACUAUUAAAGUUAAGUAGUCUUCCGCACAAAAUUAAACAAAAGAAUAUUAAUAAUAUUAAAAUAGAUAUAAAAUGAAGUUUAGACACACAUUAAACAAAAACCAUAAAACACACUCUACACACAAACAGCAGUUAUGUAGUAGUCAAUAAAUAUAAAAAAUAGUAACUUUUUAUAAAACGUAUAACAAUUUGUAAACGAUAGCAAACGAACGGACGAACUAAAAUUCGGCGAUGAAACCAAUAAAGUAGCGUAAAAAAUACAUAAACUCAA